AUGCAGACGCUCAUAGAGAAGUUACUUAUUGUUAAGGGAAAUGCUACACAACAACAAAUUCUUAUCCGUGAAGAGGAUAUACGGAAUGUUCUUAAUGCCGUACGUGAUAUAUUUAUGUCCCAGCCUAUGCUACUAGAGAUUAAACCACCAGUGCGUAUCUGUGGUGAUAUUCAUGGACAAUAUUAUGAUUUGCUGCGCAUUUUUGAGAAGUGUGGGUACCCACCGUACUCAAAUUACUUAUUUCUGGGCGAUUAUGUGGAUCGGGGUAAGCAUAGUGUAGAGACCAUCACUCUUCUCUUCUGUUACAAGAUUGUGUACCCUGAGAAUUUCUUCCUACUCCGCGGCAACCACGAGUGUGCAAGCAUCAACAAGAUGUAUGGUUUUUUCGAUGAUGUGAAGCGACGGUACAAUAUCAGGCUUUUCAAGGCCUUUACUGAUGUGUUUAAUACGAUGCCGGUAUGCUGCGUGGUUGGUGAAAAGAUAAUCUGUAUGCAUGGUGGA